AAUGAUUCCUUAUAUCCCCUCACGUGUCCUGCUUGUUGCCUGGCCAGAUUGUUACUAACACAAGAUUCAAUAACCCUGUGCAAUUUGAUUUACACGUUCUGUAAACACUACAGUACAAGGACGUUCGCAAUGAUUGACACCCCGAUGCCUUUCAGACUCUUGUCCGAGCGGCGUAACUCGGGAUUUGUGCGGCAGGCUGGGUUCGAAAUUUGCUUCGUUUGCGGUAACAGUGAGAUGAAAGUUCUCUCAAUCUGCCACAGCUCCAGAGCCAGAACCCUUCUACCCCAUUUUAUCAUUUUCUUCAUUACGUUUUAUGUUCACAAGCUGGAAUCAGCCCGGUUCACAGUGAUUGGACCUGAUCACCCUGUCACUGCCAUCAUGGGUGAGGACAUUAUCUUACCCUGUCACCUGUCCCCCAAGAUGAGCGCUGAGAACAUGGAAGUGAGAUGGUUCCGAUCUGAGUUCACUUCGUUUGUGCACCUGUAUCAGCAUGGAAAGGAUGAGUAUGGGCAGCAGAUGCCAGAAUAUCAUGGAAGGACAGAGCUUUUGAAAGCUGGCAUUGUGGAUGGGAAUGUUGCCUUGGGAAUUGUCAAUAUCAGACUUUCUGAUGAAGGACAGUACCGCUGUUUUGUUCAAGAUGGUGUCUUUCAUGAAGAAGCUGUAUUGGAACUGAAGGUAGCAGCUUCGGGCUCUGCACCUCGCAUCUCUGUUGAGGGUCACCAGGAUGGAGGGAUCCAAGUGGUGUGUCAGUCGGCCGGAUGGUACCCAGAGCCCGAGGCGCUGUGGAGAAAUCUCAAAGGGCAGCCUUUAUCUUCAUCAACUGAAACCAAAUCUGAAGAGCAACACGGUCUCUUUGAAAUAAAAAAUUCUAUCAUUAUAACAGAAAAUUCAAACAAGAAUUUGUCCUGUGCCAUAAGGAACACCCACCUGAACCGAGAAAAAGAAUCAAUAACAUUUUAUAUAUCAGAUUCUUUUUUCCCAAGAGCAUCUCCCUGGAUGGUGGGUUGGAGUGUGACUUUGGUGAUUUUGUUGGUGUUCGUCGGCCUUACUCUUUUUCUGUUCAAAUUAAAAGGGAAACAUCUCAACACUAUCAGUAAACUUCAAACAGAGCUAGAGUGGAGGAGAUCCCUGGGUGAUGCAGCAAAUGUGACGCUGGAUCCAGACACGGCUCAUCCACAACUUGUCCUGUCUAAGGAUCGGAAAAGUGUGAGAUGGGCAGACACAUGGCAGGAUCUGCCCGACCACAAGGAUCCUGAGAGAUUUGAAAUUGAGCGCUGUGUGCUGGGCUGUGAGGGGUUCACCUCAGGGAGACAUUACUGGGAGGUGGAGGUGGGGAAUGGACGAUACUGGGCUGUGGGGGUGGCCAGAGAGUCUGUGAAGAGGAAGGGAGGGAUCAGCCUUAGCCCUGAGGAGGGGAUCUGGGCUGUGGAUCAGAGGCAGGGCCAGUACCAGGCUCUCACCUCCCCUGUGACCCCCCUAGACCUGAGCCGGGCCCCCAGCAGGAUCCGGGUUUGUCUGGACUGUGAACAGGGACAGGUGACAUUUAUCAAUGCUGGAGAUGAGGCCCCGAUCUUCACUUUCCCGCCGGGCUCCGUCCCUGGGGAGAGAAUCCGCCCUUGGCUCUGGCUGGGGAUGGAAAGCCAGCUCAAACUGUGUCCCUGAGAGACAGGGGGUAUAUCCCACUGGGAACCUGAAAUCAGCCUGUCUAGCCUCACACACCCAAGUAUCUAUGAUCUUGGCAUCAUCCUGUCCACCCAGUCCUAUGGCCUCUUAAUUCUAUGUCCCCUGGAACCUCCUCCCCCCUCGUUCCCCGCAGCACAGAGAUUUAUAGAACAUCACUGAAGGUGAGACUUUGUUGCCAUUUCAGUGUCAUUAAAAAAACUGUUCCCGAAACCUGUGGGUCUGUUUUCCAUUGGUGUGGGUAUUGAAGCUGUUUCUCAGCUCCUUUUCGCUCUGAUGGGAAUUCAUGGUAAAUAAAGCAUGAAAAACAAUUCUGAUUUGUCCCUUUUUAGUUUUCCAGCUGCAAUUGUUGGGGGUAGAAUUGUGGGAUUUGCUUCCCUACUUGGUUGUGUCCCCCCAGCACCAGCAGGUAUCAUAUCAGCAUGUCCCCAUGAUGAGAGCUGGGUUUUGCUGGGCUAUGAUGCUAUCCAGCCUGUGCUCUGUCUUGUGCUGUCUAUAGCCAUGUCAAUCAGGAAUUCCUCAUCUGGGCUCUGUAGAGAGGUGGCUGAACACAUGGUGCUGACUCUCCUCUUUGUUUCCAGAGGUGUUGAAUUUAUUCAGAGGUGGCUAAAGAGAUAUGAACUUUGCUGUUCACAUUUCUUCUGCCCAUCAGCAGUUGCUGUGGUGUCCAGGGCAGUGUUCAUGGGAUGGGACCUGCUCCGAGAGACAGUCUCUGGGGGUUUGUUUACACUAGGGCACAGGUUUCUCUCUCUCAUUGUACAAUCAGUGUGUAGACAAGGCAAGUGGUGGUUUCACCUCAGGGUAACUGGUCAAGAAGAAUUCUGUGGGUUGGGGGAUGUUUGGGAGGGUUAUCGGUCACCUUGAUUAGCUACACUGAGGUGAAAGCAUCACUUGCCUCACCUCUGUUAGGACUGUAUAAUGACAUCACUGACUCGUGUUUGCUAUUGCGUUGAAAAAAAAUACCCUUUCUCCUAGUGUGGACAUGAGCUAAAAGAUGGGAUCUAAAGGGAGACACCCCACUCUCAGCCAGGGCUGUGACUUUGUUUUCUGUGAGCUUCUAAUUUCAAUGACUAGGGGUGGCAUCCAUGAAGGGACUUAGAUGUUGCAACUCUUGGCAUCACUGCACGUCAUUUUUAGGUGCCUAGAACAUCACAAGAACAACACUAUGACCCUCAAAGCCUGACUUAGGCACCUCGUCUCCCUAUACGAUGAACGGAGACAGACAGAGGCCUUACAAUGCCAUCCACAAGAGCCGGCAUGCUAGGUGGGGAGCCAUCUAAACUAGUCAAUGGGAAAUGUGAACAACAGGGGUGUGUCCUAAGCCCCCCCACCCAAAGAUAAGUGCCUAAGUCUGCAUUGCUGGGGGGCCCCCACCUCUGCUUAGCAAGCCACGAAUGGGAACCCACCGCCUGAGGCAUUUCUUCUGGGAAUGAGUUAGGCCCCUGCUGCGCUGCACACAACCUGUGGGUGGGGGGUGGGGGUUGUUUUGGUGCUGCUGGCCACCUCAUAACUUUAAGCCAGUGCCAGCACACUUGCCUGGGAGGUGGGAGACCCAGGUUCAAUGCCCCCCUCUUUGCUACAGAAGGAGAAAGGAUUUAAACUGGGGUUACUCAGUUUCUAGGUGGGUGCUGCAACCACUGAGCUAUGGUACAGUCUGAAGGUGGGAUUCUUCAGUCUCCCCUAUUGCAGCUGGCUCACUGUGGGUAAAUAUGAAGGAGCGACUGGAGCUGGGGGUCUGGCCCCAGGAGCUCCCGCCCCUCAGAUGGGCUCCCUGACCACAGGACCCCAGAGUCAUUCUCACUUUCUGGCCAGUAUCCAUUUAAGUGUUUAUCUACAGUGGAACAAUCACUGGGACAGAGAGAGAAAGAGAAUGUCUCUGUAGUCCAAUGGUUGGGGCACCCACCUGAGCAGGGGGAGGCCCCAGAUCCAACCCCUCUGUUCCCAUCACUCUGUCAUUAUUUAUCCCAAGUGGAACACCUAUAACAGGAGAGGCUGAAGGAUCCUAAUACUUGGCUUUUCUUCCCUCCUCCCCCCACCCCCCACAUCCCCCAAACAACUUGACACCUGGAGGAACGUUUGAAGAGCAAAGACUUUGAAUGGGGGAAGAGGGUCCCAGGCUGGACAGCAAUUCCAGCCUGUGUAGUGAGGAUCUGUAGCCUGCUUGUACCAUCUGUCAGGGUGAGACACUGCUUGACUGAAAUCCUAUUUAGUUUGUAGAACUCAGACUGCAAAUUUAUUUUUAUUUCUUGAGAAACCAACUUUGAUCUCUACACUUGCUACUUAUAAUCCCUUAAAAUAAUCUUUCUGUAGCUAAUAAAUCUCUUUUAUAUUUUACCUAAAA